AUGCCUCCGGUCCUCUCUGCACCCUGGUCCCGCCGCCGUCUGCAGUGCGGGUCCCGAGCUCUGUUAUUAGUCCUUCUAACCACCACCACCGCAGUCUUCGUCGUCGUCAUUGUUACCAUCUCUCUUCUUUUAUCCCCAUCCUUUCAAAUCCACUACACAUAUCCCAGCCUCCUUCUCCCCCGCAGCAAUAACAAUACUGCUCCGGUACCUAUCGGAACUUCGUCAGAUACAAACUUCGUCACUCAAACAAAUAAUACCCUACAGUUCGAUUCUCUCAUGUCUCUUCGUAUAGUCUCAAACGCUACAAAUAUGACCAUGUCUGCAGAUGUCGCCGCACUCACCGCCGCUGUGGGCCGCACAACUACCUUCUCAAACGGCAUUGAAGGAAUUUGUGUCGGACGCCUCGUGUCCACCCGUGCAAGUACAUCAAUCUAUAUCGGUUACCCAGACAUUGCUCUCAUCAACUGUGAUGAAGACGCAAACACUCAGGGCUCUUCAGCCACCGACCAGAUCAUCAACUAUGCUGUCCAAUCCUCUGACUGUGUCCUGCUCUACUCCUUACAUUCAAACUCUUGUAACUUCACCUCCGCCUAUAAGCUCUAUGCCUCCCAAAUGGGUCUGGUGCUUACAACCCUCUCCACCAUUGUCUCAAAAUCUAUAGUCCAAAGUCUUAACGCUACAGAUGAUCUCACCGCCGUCAUCACUACCAUUCCUUCUAAAAGCUCUUCUUCUUCUAGCUCCUCAAGUCAUUACUCAACCGUCCCUAUGGCCAUUCUCUAUUCCGUUACAGGCUUAGUUGCCGCCAUCUUUCUAUUCAUCAUCAUCUCAGGUGCUAUCCGUGUUCACAAGCAUCCAGAACGCUACGGCCUUCCACCCCCAGGAGGAUACCCAGAUAACGAGUCUCAGGUUGACUUGGUGGGAGGUGCAGCCUAUUCUCAACGUGCAAAGGGACUAGCACGAGCAGUACUAGAUUCAAUCCCAUUAGUCACUGUUCGCAUCACUCAAAGAACUGGAACCACUACUACUUCUACCAAUAAUAAAGACCCAGGAAUUAUUGAAUCCGGUAUUAUGCCUGCUCAUGAAUUAUCAACUCUUUCUUCCAAGACCUCCGAAGCUCGCAUUGAUCGCGUGGCGGAUCCUGUAGUAGUAGUAGCUGAUUCCGAGGUAACAACUGCGUCAUCACCUGCGGCUGUUAGUUCUUCCACAACCACUACUACUACUACUACUACUACCACCACCAUUGCUGCUGCUGUUACUGCUGCAACUUCCGCUUCAACUACCCCCCACUAUACUUACACAACACUGACGCCUCCUUCUCCACCACCAGUACAGUACCCAACCACAGAGACCCUCCAACCACUGGAAAUCCCAGAAGACGACGACUCACUUUGUCCUAUUUGCUUCGAGCCCUUUGCCGAUGGUGAAAUUGUUCGUGUUCUUCCAUGCCGUCAUCGUUUCCAUGCCCCAUGUGUCGACCCUUGGUUACUCAACUCGUCCUCGCAUUGUCCAUUAUGUCGUGUUGAUUUAAGUAUCCAGCGUAGUGCAGAUAUUCCCGAUCAUCCAAGAGAUGCAUUAAAUGGAGAGGUCCAAAAUACUACUACUACUACUACUACUACGAAUGAUAAUAAUAAUAAUAACAAUAACAAUAAUAACCAUAAUCAUAAUAAUGGAGCAGCAAUAGCUCCAAUAAUUCCUGAAGGAUACCAAAUUGAAACAUCUUUCUUUAACCGGUUCUUGGACGUCUGGAACGCCCAUCUGCUACCCAAAGAGGCCCGCCGAGCGGCCCUUGCACGGUUUCAUGAAGAAGCAGAGCUGCGGCGACAGCUCCGCGAACAACAACAACAACAGCAACAACAGCAACAACAGCAACAACAAUCAUCCACUGGGUUCUCAGGACAUUUGGUACUUCCAAGACUCCCUAGUCUACCUUUUGUAAAUAAUCAUGGAUCAUCAUCUUCCUCUCCCUCUCCCUCUUCUUCUUCUUCAUCCUCUUCAACACCUGCAUCUACUGAAGACGAUCAAAAUAGAUCCAACUGGCUGCGCUUUGUGGCAUCACGGCGCUACCUUCAUCAGCUACAAGGAUCUUCAGGUUCCAAUAAUGAUCCUGAAUCUACCAGCUCUGCUGCACGCACUGUUUCCGGGCCAGGGUAUUAUAUUUUCUCACGUAACCGGAUAUUAUCGUCGUCAUCAUCUUCAGCAGCAACAGUAAUAGCUGAAACAGCAACAGCACGUCAGGAAGAUUUGCCCCAACACAACAGUAACGCACCUGACUCUAGGACAAGUGCAGAUAAUACUCGGGAAAAUCCAUUUGAGUCUCCACAAGACUAUAUUCCACCACCUAGUCCUGUUGCUCCAGCAGCUCCUGUACCUCCCUUGCCACGUGCCAAGUAUGAUCGGAAUCGUGAUGAAGUUCGUGGUAAUAGCAAUGGUGGAGAUUAA